ACUUCCUUUUUUGUUUCCCGAUGACUCUGGAGCGGGAGGUGCCAUGUCUUCGACGGGUGUCCGUGGUUAUCCGCACCGCAGGGAGUCUAUAGUUUAUUUCACGCAACUUGCACAACCGAAUGCUCACGCCAGGUAUACCUUAGUGAACAAAACCCGAUGCUGAAAGUGGGAAGUGAAGACAAAUUGCACAAUAUUUCAGUAGUAGCCUGGAGAACAGCGAAUGGAUAAAUCUACCUGUGAGGCUAUUUCCAGGCAGCUCUUAUAUGUGGCCUCCAGAUGACUUGUGCUGGAAUGGAUCAGAACAUGCAAUUGAAUUACCAUGGUGAUUUUUUUACCCGCGGAAUUGGAAAAGAUGACGAAAGUUAAUCAUGUAGCUCAGAGGGUUCCAGACUCAGAACUGCUUAUCCCAAAGAAGAUGAGUAAAGGGACUACUCUUUUCUCCUGUGGCCUUAUGGACAGUGAGGCAUGGGGAGAGCUGAGUCGGAGGUGUCCCUUCCAGUCAGAGCCACCAGGAGCCAGCCUGGAUUCUUUGUGGGAUGCCAUGCCAGUCACCUGUCAGGAGGAUUCAGCUUGGUCACGGGAGACUGGUCCAUGCUCAUUAUCCAGCUUAAUCCAGGACCUGAGCUUGAGUGAUGCCAAGGGGAGCCAGACAACUGCACCGCCUAGUAAGCGGCAGUGCCGUUCACUUUCCCUCUCUGAAGAACUGAAUUCUUGUCGCACAGCAUGGCGGCCAAUAGGCUCACGCAUCUGGACUCCUGUGGAGAAGCGCCGUUGUCAUAGUGGUGGUAGUGUACAACGCUGCUCCAAUGGCUUCUCAGGCAUCACUAUGCAGCGAAGUUCCAGCUUUAGCCUACCUGCACGCUCCAACACUUUCCCUGGCACUUUUCCUCGUGUGUGUGACCAGGUCUGCAUCCCACAAGGCUUUGGGAGCCAGACUUUUCAGGGUUUUCAGGAGUCAUCCACCAUCACUGGCUCUGGAGCAGAAAGAGAAGAGCUAGAGCCUCCGAGAUCCCUCUCCUUGUCUCAUGAGCAGAUCUCCACCUCGGAUUAUCAGAGUCCUUCUGCUAGGAGUACUCCAGACUCCACUCCAGAACUGGAACGCCGCGUGAGAUCGGGAGGGCUCUCUAGGAGUCGCUCCCAGCCUUGUGUACUCAAUGAUAAAAAGAUUGGAAUGAAACGCCGUAGGCCAGAGGAAGUCUUGGAGCAGAGACCAUCCCUUGACCUUGCUAAGAUGACACAAAAUCUCGGAACAUUUCCAAACAUUACUGGCCAUAGCUGCAGCCAGUUGCUUGCCACUAAUGGUAGAACAAGACAAAGUGACCUUGACACUGCCUUUUCCUCUGACACUGGCCAUAAGGUUGCUCUUCCACAGAGCUGUGGAAAUGGCAAAGAGGAGGACUCUAAACAGGAGCUACAAUAUAGUCCAGCAGAUGGUGGUACCUACGAACAGGCGAUCAGCCGUAUGGAUGAAGUUGAAAGCUGGGACUCACAGAAGAAUGUGUUUCAGUUAGGGGGAGAACUGGACAUUGAACAGAUUGAAAGAAACUGACUGCCUUACCUUUGGAAAUGUGUCUUUGAAUAUUGGAAGUUGCACAACAUCCUAUAAUGUAGAUGGAAGGGAAAAGUGUUUGGAUACAGAAACUGUCAGCCAAACAAAGAGCUAAUUUUUAUUCCUUGUGAGUGUAACCCAUUUUGCAUCAAGGUGGAUUUUGCAUCAAGAUCUGCAGAAUGUAAUCUGAAGUUAAGUGCACCACUCUGGAUUGUGAAUACACCAAAGGACUCAAGGUGCUGGACUGUGUAGAAGGUGAAAUUCAGCUGAGUGUUAGAUCACUGUUCAGGAAUAUUGGAAAUAAGGCUGACGGGUAUGCUGAGUGUCGUGUUUGUUAAUGGGCGAGCAGCAGGAUAUGGCUGAAGGAUUUUCAGGAUAACGAAAUUGACUGAACACAGAACUGUAACAGAAAUCAAUAUUAAUUAACUGAGCGGAAGGUUUCAUGUGAAUUGUUGAAUGCAGUGCAUUAACUUUAAACAUGGUACCGCUGAGGGAAAAAAGGGUUUAUGAAGAGUGGAGGCAGAAAUACAAAAUAAAAGCUAGAUUUACAAAGCUUACAGAUAAAAGCAAGUUAAGGUGGGGUUUUAGAUUCAUUAUCUCGGCCAUGAAUUAUCCUUGUGAUUGAUGAGUUCAGGCCAUGUCAUCUGGUGCGGUUUUGGAAUUUGAGCCCUUUAGAGGUGUAAGAGGCAUUAGAAAAUUAGUCAGUGUUUCUUUAUUAAAUAUCUCUUAUUCACCAGAGGCACAAAAGGUUAUGUUUAAAGAAGUGGGUAAGCUGAAUUUUGCAAGAAUCUAAGUUAAUCCAGUGCCUACACUUGCUUAUAUUAUCCUUAGUAGUGUGCAAAACAUGUAUGGAGUGACCUUUCCAAAAUGAAACUGCAUAGCCACCUGUUGAACCUUCUUUUGCUUAAAGCAAUAUUUCUACUUUUUUGCUUUUGUUUUUUUCCUACCUCAAGUUCACAACACUGAAGCUUUCAAAGAUAUCAUUUAGGUGUAAAUGUAAGCAGCACAGAAGAGACCGCUAAAGAGUAUAUUGAGUAACAUAGAACAGCAAUAAAACCAGAAUCAGAUUUUUUUACUGUUUUUUUUUUACAUUUGAAAGCAACAACGAAGAAGUAACUCUUAUAUUUGGAUUUGAUGUUUGACACAGAAAAAUCAUCUCAGAAAGAGCUGAAAUGUGGUGCACACUCCUUUGUCUAAAUUGCUGUGGACAGGCACAUUAUAAUAAUAAUGGAUACCAUUCAAUUCAGUGUAUUUACAGUAUAUAACCUUCUUUUACACUACUUAGGGAAGCCCAGAUCUUGUUUCCAGUGAAAGGCAUUGGACUAACAGCCCCAUUGCCUUUUAUCUGUAAUUGUAUUACCUGUAAUGUGUUUCACAUACAUAAUACCCCUGACCACUAUUAAUAUUCUGUACUGCUUAUUUGAAUUCUUCUUUUCCCCUUUAGUGAUCAUAUUUUGGGUGCGUUUCAAAUGUUUUAGAGUAUGUUUUGCUUGCACCUACUGUGGAUUUAGGUGCCUGAGAACAACAAAGCAGCAGUUUGAAGCAAGUGAUGUGUGGAAGCAACAGCUUCUUGGUUUCAGAAAUAACAAUACGAGCUACAGAUACAGUACUGAUAAAAUCAUCCAGUAUGAAUGAGUUGAGAAAAGAUUUUGAAGCUACUGCAGAAAGUGGGGUAAUAGGAAAAAAAAAUCUAUCAAGUAGGCACAGUAAGGUCUUGGGACUUGAUGAUAAACUCUCCUUAAAGGUAGGUUAUGGCUGUGUUUGUGGCUCGAGUAAAGGUGUAAUGUCUUUACUAGAACUGCUAACGGCCUUAGUUGAUUUGAUAUUUUCAGGUUUCUGUUGCCCUGGAGCAGCAUUGAAGUUGUUGUUGUUCCAGCACUGUUAUUCACCUUUAACUGAUCAGUUUUAGAUACAAUUAAAGAAGGGACUUGAUACCUGGAGACAAACAACCUCUAAGAAUGUUGCAUGGUUUUGCAAAUGAGAAGGAAAGGGUCUGCUUUUCCUGCAAAUGGGGGAUUUUGAGUUCUUCCUGGUUUAUGAUGUCAGACUCCCAACUUUAAUGCUGAUUGAUUGAGGGUGAAUGAUUUUCUUGGAACAACAGCUUUGAUGUUGCUUUAUAAUGAGCCCAGCUUGACAAUAUCAGGUUCACUCUGUGGCUUUGGCUAUGCCUGGGGGUGCAACACCAGCACCUCAGAUUCUAAAGUCUAGCAAUAGGGUAUAACUUAAGUGGAAAAUAGGUUAUCCUGUAUGACCUCUGUGCAUCUUGUAGAAAAAAGCAACAGAUACGUUGUACUGGCACCCAAAACUGAAGUGGAAAAGAAGCUAUAAAACAAUGGAAUGUUAUUUUUAUACAAAACAUCUGACAGACAUUAUUUUUACUGAAAUUAAUUUCUUAAAAAUAUUGCAUUUGUCCAUGUCAACUAUGUUUCUCUCUUUUUCAAAUUUAGGUAUAUCAAAUCAAAGAUGGAAAGUAAUGAGAUGUUAACUAGGAAAGCUUCAAAAACAUUGCUUUGCAUUUACACUGUAAUCUUAGAGAGGACUGCUCUGCACCUAUGCAAUAGAAGUAAUUUGUAAUUCAGGGACUUUGGGAGUUUUAUUUUGAUUUUUUUUACAGUAUGUGCAACAGAACAUAUUAAAACUGCUUUAGGGAACAAAAAGUAAUGCGACUUGACAGCUUAAAGAAGAUUUUAAACUCAACAUGUUAAACUUUUAUCAGAAUUGGGUUUAAUAUGAAAAUAUUUUUCAUAUUCAACUAAAUCUAUUAGUCAUUCAUUUACAAAAAUGUACUUUCUAUUAAAAAUUAACUGUGUUUUGAAUGCCAGUUUAAAAUGAGGUCACUUCGGUAGAACCAUUCUAGCUAAUUGGGUUAAUUGGCUGUUGUCUUCAGACUGGAAAGUUUCCAUUUUCCAGGUGCAUUUAUGCUAUAUCCUUGCAUGAAGGCAUGGCAACAGUGCAUCUAUAUUAAGUUAGGAUGGAAAUUGAAUUAGGGUACUCACAUACAGUACUUGAACUUUCUGUUGCCCUUUUACUUAGUAGUUGGCCAAAUUUAAAUUUUAUUGUUGAGAAGUUUGAAAACCAUCAAUAAAGUUAAGGCAGUAAGUCACUGUUUGAAUGAAGCAUAAACAAUCUAUCAGAUUAAACAUGUAUCAGAGUUUAGAGUAGUCCUGAGAUAUAGUUUUGCAUAUCAAGAUGUAUGUGAUGAGAGUCAUAAGGGAUGUUGUGCUGAUUGCUGGUUGCUAUGUCAUAAAUUUAUGCAAGUACUCAGCAAGGCAAAAAGCAUGGACAUACAUUAAUUGAUUCUGAUUUGCGCAAAAUAAAACAAUUUGACUUUA